AUGGCCAGUAAUAACGAAAUCAUCUCGCGGCGCGAAAAUUUCAGCAAAACGCAUUUCCGCCCGUCUGUAGAUAAGAUUAGCGAGGGUAGCGGGAGACAUUGGUAUGGCAUUUGGUCGUUUGCCAAAACUAUAACAUCGCGAUACAUGAAUGGCAAUCAGCCAACCGCCGUGUUGGACAUUGAUCUGCAUGAUCUUUGGUACAAGCUUAUCCAGGUGGCCAAGAUCACACCAGCCGACGAAGCGGAUGCGGACAGGAUCGUCGCACAAGUAAUUCGCAUCCGAGAACUGGGAGACUUGUGCCGCCAUGCCGCUCCCCAGGACACCAACAUCGAUAGCCAAAAAGAUAUUCGAAAAGAAGUGGCCAUCACGAGCAGCGGUGCUCGCAUGUGGACAGACUUGCCGUUCCUGGUGCAGGAUCUGCGGGCAGCAUGGACAAACUCCCUGUACACCAUGACGACCAAAGAGUGUGAGAAUCUGUCUGGUGUCACAGCUCGUUUAUCGGGCGGCAACGUUUGCGGUGCGCGAAUGACAUCAUGUGCUUUGAUAUUGUUCCAGGCAGCCCUAGAGACGCAGCGCCCGAUUCUUCAGCACGACAAGCCCAUCAGUGACGGCGUCGAAGAAAAGAUAGCGGUUCAAGACUUGAUGCCGGCCGUGUUUACUUGGUUGUACUGGGGAAGCUACAAGAUUUGGCAGCUCUGCGCACGAGAGCCAUUUCAAGUUGAUGCCGAGCUUGAUGCCAUGGACGAGCACUGGGCCGAAGUCGGGGAGCUGGCCACCGCACGAGGCGUGAUGGAGGUUGGAUUCAACCGGGAGAGAAUGUGUUUUUGGAUGAACCGGCUCAAAGAGAUUGCGGAGGCGACACAGGGAAAAGAUGAUGAUUUUGCGGAAAAAUGUAGGUGGUGCGCCAAUCUCUUGGGCCAGUGGGAUUGCACCAUGGGAGGGAGGACGGCCGAAUGA